GGCGGAGCGGCUCAGAGUCUCUGCGGGGAACGGAGCAUCUCAGGCGGGAUGGAGUCUGCAGAUAGACCGCGGUGUUUGUGUCCGGUCCGCCGGUGAAGAUGUCCGUCUCCGGGAUGAAGAAGCAGCUCCACAAAGCCAGCCAGCUGCUGAACGAGCGGCUGAUGGGAGCCGAGGGAACAAAGAUGGAUGACGACUUCCUGAAGAUGGAGAAGAGUGUCGAGGUCCUCCAGGCUCUGCUGGUGGAGCUGCUGUCCAGAACCACAGAGUUCCUCCAACCACACCCAGGCGCCCGAGCCAAACUGAGCGUGCUCAACACGAUGUCCAGGAUCCGAGGUCAUGGGGGGGGGGCCGGUUACCCGCAGACAGAGAGCAUGCUGGGAGACUGCAUGUCUCACUACGGCCGGGAGCUCGGUCCUGCUUCUGAAUUUGGUGGCGCGCUGACGGAGGCGGGUGGAGCUCUGCAGGAGGUUGCUCAGGCCCGAGACGCGCUGGGUGUUGACAUCAAGCGCACCUUCAUCGACCCGCUGGAGCAGCUCCAGAACACAGAGCUGAAGGAGAUCAGGUUCCAGUUGAAGAAGCUCAACGGCCGUCGCCUGGACUUCGACUACAAGAGGAGGCGGAGAGGGAAGGUCCCGGCAGAGGAGGUCCAGUGGGCCUGGGACAAGUUCCUGCUGUCCAAAGAGCUGGCUGAGCGGAGCAUGUUCGUCCUCCUGCAGAGUGAUGUGGAUCAGCUCAGUCGUCUGGCUGCUCUGGUCGCCGCUCAGCUCGACUUUCACCGCAACGCCCACCGCAUCCUGCUGGGUCUCCAUGGCAACCUGCAGGCCAGCUGGAAAGAGGAAGUGCUGUUGGGGCCCUGGGAAGUGGGGGCCUCCUCUUUAACCGUGCGGUUUGCAGCAACCCCGGGGACCGAUCUGAAAAGCAGACCUUUGAUCCUCCAGCUGAGCGGAAACCUCUGUGACCACGGCAGAGGCAGCUGUCCGAGUGUGGCUGAUGCAGGAAGGAGGGUCCGGUCAACCAAGAGGUCUGCACCAAGAGGGAUGCAGGUGGAGCUCGUCCUGGAUGAGAUCUGCCGUCUCUACUGUUAA